AUGACGAGUAAACAUAAAUUAUGUGAUCGAUUGAAAAAAGUUGGCUAUUCUGUAAAUUUCAUGACACCACAUAAUAAUUCAUUAUUUGCAGGAGAGUUGUUACAUAAUACGGCGGAUGCAGAGGAAUUGUUUUCUACAUCUUUAAUUCAACAUUUUCUAGUGAAUUAUUAUGGGCAUUUAAACAAAUUUUUAGAGCAUCCCGAGAAAUUCUUUAAUGAUAAGGGAAUUAAGAACAAUGUUGUAUUUUGUGAUGCCACUCCAUUAUAUCCUCUAAUUUAUGAUCCGAAUAUUGAGAGUGAAGUUCAAAAUUCCAAUAACAAAGUUGGAGAUCUUUUCAAACAAACACUUCAAAUAAUGAAAGAAAAAAAUGUUCUUGUCAUGCAACUUUCAGCCGACAGACACGAAAGCGCCUAUCGACUUGGAAAUCACAAAUACUUUUAUACCGAGGAUUGGUCAGAUAACCAAGAAAAACAAAUUGAAUACGAUCCAACGACCAUUCACAUCAAAAACAAACCUGUAGAACCGCUUUCAACUUCACAAUAUGAUGGAAAAUUUCAUUACUUUAAUGGUAAAUAUUUAAAGGACGAAUUUGAAAUUGUGGACUUUGUCUAUCACAAAUUCAAUCAAUUGGCCUCUACUGUCUAUGGAAACAAUGGCAUUGAGGUUAGACCGUUGGAAACUACUGACACACAACAAGCUUGCUGCCUUCUUCUCGAAAAUCAUUUAAAAAUCAAAUUCACACUGCCCUUCUCAAAAAUGUCUCUGUAA